AUGGCCGCCAAGCAUGGCAAGCGUGGGAAAGAAGUCGAGGCAUUGCUAUCCAGACAGAAGAGAGGCCGGCAAAUCCUGUAUGAGGUGAAGUGGAAGGGUUUGGACGACGCCAAGCAGAACACCUACGAGCCCCUCACCAAACUGCGACUUCUGGGCGUCGAGAAAAUGUGUGCAGCUCUCGAUGACAGGAUAGCGUGUGCUGAGACAGCGAUGCGACCGCUCAGUACCAGGGAAAUUGUCAAGCAUUUGGAACCGUUCGGGAUUACGGAGAACAUGACCUGCCAUCGGAUGAUAGAAGGCUUUUCUGCAGGACAGAAGAGUAAGCUGAUGAUGGCCGCUGCAAUGUGGACCAAGCCGCACGUCAUUGCUUUCGAUGAGCCAACAAAUUAUUUGGACUUUCAGACGGUCAACUCACUUGCAAAAGCAAUCAAGCUUUUCAAGGGUGGCACCAUUGUCGUUACACACAAUGCCGAGUUCUUGCAAGAGACGUGUGAUGAAAUCUGGCAUGUGGAAGAUGGCUGCGUGAAAAUCGAAGGCAAGGAUGGCGCCCUCAAAAGCCUCGCGGCCAAAAACGCAGCCGCCAAAGCCGAGAAGGCCAAGCAAAAGAUGGAAGCUGCCCGGGUCAAGGAGGAAAAGGCUGCAUCUGGACCGUCUGAAGCCGAGAACGCGCUUCAAGUGUAUUUGCAGGCGCGGCAGAAGCUGGGUGCACCGAAGGCUGACAUCAAACUGAACAGCAUUGAUUUGCGGUCACUGGAUGGCUCUGAACUUCUUCUCGGCACAGACCUCACGCUCAAUCAAGGGCGUCGUUAUGGUUUGAUCGGGCGCAAUGGCGCGGGCAAGAGCACUCUACUGCGCGAGAUUGCAUACUACAAGUUUGACAAGUUCCCCAAGAAUCUGAAAGUGCUGAUGGUAGAACAGGAAGUUACCGGAGAUGAUCGCAAACCGAUCGAAUGGGUUCUGCACAGUGACGUAGAGAGGAGGCUCCUGCUGCAGGAGCAGAAGCUUCUUCAAGAUAAGGACGCACGCGAUGCGUCUGAGUCGGAACGACUGAAGCAGAUUGCGGACCGGCUCCAGGAGAUUGGUUCUGAUGAUGCAGAGCCACGUGCGGCCAAAAUCUUGCGAGGACUUCAGUUCACGGAUCAACUGCUGGACACGCCCACAUCUUCUUUAUCUGGUGGAUGGCGAAUGCGUGUGUCAUUGGCGUCGGCACUUUUUGCACAACCUGAGCUGCUACUCCUGGAUGAGCCAACAAAUCAUCUGGAUUUCCCAGCUGUUCUUUACCUUCAGGAUUACCUGCUUUCGUGCAAGAACACCUGUCUUAUUGUCUCGCAUGAUCGGGGCUUCCUGAAUGCCGUGUGCUCGGACAUCGUUCUGCUGAACGGCAAAAAGCUGGCGUAUUACAAGGGCGAUUACGAUGCGUACGUGCAGACGGUGAAGGAAACUCGCCUAGCUCAGCAACGAGCUUAUGAUGCCCAGCAGAAGGAGAUAUCUCACAUAUUGGAGUUCAUCAACAAGCAUGAUGAGAGACCCAAGAUUGUGGCACAAAAGGCCAGCAAGCAAAAGAUGCUAGACAAGAUGGAGAAGAUCGAAGACCCUGCAAUUACCUUCAACGACGCUGCAUCUCUUUCCAUCCGAUUCCCGGAACCUGGCCAGCUGCCGAAGACUCAAUUAAUUCAGUUCGACAACAUGAGUUUCGCCUACGCUGGUAAAGCACCACUUUUUGAGAAUGCAACUGCCAACCUGGACAUUUCUGGACGGAUUGGCAUACUGGGCGCCAACGGUGCUGGCAAGUCCACCUUGCUCAAAGUCAUGCAAAAGAAGCUCAUACCAACAGCUGGACAGAUCGAUAUCAAUCGCAACGCCAGGAUAGGUACCUUUGCGCAGCAUCAUGUGGAUUCGCUCGAUCUCGAUGCGACGUGUGUGGAUUGCGUGCAAGCUAGUUUUCCAGGCAUCACCGAUCAAGAGGCCCGAAGCGUGUUGGGACGAUUUGGAAUCAGCGGUGACAUGGCCCUCAGACGAAUCAAGACCCUGUCUGGUGGGCAGAAGAGCCGUGUCGCGUUGGCUAUUGUCACCUAUCGCCAGCCGCACUUGAUUUACCUGGACGAACCCACAAACCAUCUGGACAUGGAAACGAUCGAUGCUCUGGUCGAUGCCAUUAAAGAAUUCCACGGUGCUGUGGUGAUGGUAAGCCACGACCAGUACUUUCUUUCCCAGGUAGCUACGGAGUUCUGGUCCGUAGCUGCAGGGAAACUGUGUGUGUACCGUGAUCUUGCUUCCGCGAAAGCGGCAACUUACGGUAUGGAACUACAGGACAUGAUGCGUGACCUGACGGAGUCGAUGAGAGCGGCGAAGACGGAUAGUGAAGCACGUAGAGCUCGAAGGCGAACGGAGCCCAAGCAUAUACCCUCGAAAGCCGACGAAGAGUUCGAGGGGCCUCGGUCUCAUGCAAGGGACGACGUGAAGGCAGGUGCAGGCCGCAAGCGGAGGAGGCUUCGGCUUGCGGAAAUCAGCCAAGAAACGGCUGAUCCGGCCCUUGGUGGUGCCGUUUCGAAUUCGGAGAUGGCCAUCAACUCCAAGAAGCAAAAGUCAGAGCCCGCUGACUGCCAAAGAAGCGGCACUCCGAGACAGGCUCGUGCUGAAAAGGACCAGAGGACAGUUACUAGGAAGGAGGAGUGGAAGAAGCAAGCGCCUGGAACUGGAGCAGACCGUGUUGAGCGCCGCGGGAGGUCCAACGAGGAGGCCCAAAAAGUCGAAGCCGAACCGCGUGCAUCGAAUCAGAAGCUUUCGAAGAGCCGGAAGGAAUCCGAGCAGAACAUCGAGAGCACAGAUCCUUCUGACCAGACUUUGCUGCACAACGGGGUCGCAGUCUCCGCGCCCAACCCGCCGGAGUUGAGCACCAUGCGAAGCACUUUAGAAGAAAUGUGCCAGGCAUUCACUCGACAGCUACUCAAGCUAGGCGCGCUCACUGCCAGCGAUUCACUCUCGCGAUUAUUGGGCUGGCUUGCCAAGUCGUUUGUUCCGGGGACCAGUGACGCCGAUACCGUGGCCAAGAAGCUGUCCGCGGCCAGCGCUUUUCUUGAUCUGGGUGCUGCUCUGCUGCUGGAUAACGACUCCACUGGAAUGGACAGCUCCACCAACCCUGCCUUCGACUUUGUGAAGGCUUCUUUCCUAGGGCGUGCUAUGCUGGCCAACGUGAUUGCGCUUGAUCUCAGAAACGCGGGCCGAAGCGCUGCUGCCACACUUGAGCAUGUGCCCUCCAAGCAGCAGCUCAGCAGCAUCAUGAACCUUAUGAACUAUGCCGGUGACAGUGGCAGCACAGUCCUGUGGAAAGAGCUCGCCCAAGACAUUCAAUCGUGCUGCACCCUGGCGUUGUCGGAAGAGACUGGCAGCAAGCAGAAGGCGGCGGAGCAGGUUCUGACUGCCUCGCAGAUAUCAUGUGCUGCUGCCGUCGCAGCUGUUGCGGCCUGUAGCAUCUCUGCUGAGGAGGUGCUCAUGGAACAGGCAAAGCGCCUGGCAUUAAUGGAGGCGCGGUGUCGAGUUCGUACAGCUUGUAGCCAAGCUGCUUGUGCAGCUGUGGUCAGCCUUCGGAAGGAGAUCGGUCAGGAUGAGAGCGGACAGGGCCGCGGCACUGCGGAAGUUUUCCAAGCAGCAGAAGCAGAAGCGGAGCAGCAGAGCAAGGCACUGCAAGUCCUGUGGGAAGAGUUGGAGAAGGGUCGGAGCAUUCUGGCCAGUUGGUCUGCUAUUGCCCGGCCGAUCCGCAGGUCCGAGCAGGACGGGCCUGUGCCGAGUCUCUCCAUGUCAGACUGGGUAAGACUCGAAGAUGGCCAGCACAUCAACGACUCUCUCCUGGAUUUUUUCGUGAAUCGGCUUGUUCAAGUUUUUGGGGGCUGGCGAGUCCAUGCCUUUAGCUCCCACUUCUUCGCGAUGCUGGAGGCAGAUGCAAAAGCAUCCGGAAAGUUUGACGGCGAGACGGGGAUGGAAGUCGUCGCUCCAGAGUCUCGCACACACCAUUUCAAUCAUUUUGCGCCUCAGCGAGUUCUGCCUUAUGCGCUUCCGACGCCAUGGGUGCUCUCCCGCAGAAGUUGCGAAUGCUCGCCAAGUGCCGAGUCGGCUUCGGUCAAGAAGCUCCCAAUGGGGCAACAAGCGCCAACAGCGGCAGAGCUUGCAGACGAGGUACAGGCUUUGCCUGCUCCAGUUUCCAACGAGUCGCUGUGGAUCGCCAGUUGUCGCCGACUGGACUCCAUGUCACGCUUCUCCGAGAGGUUUGUCCUCUACAUGCCAGACUGUCGUCCGUUUUGUGACAAGGGGAAGACAUGCAAGCGCUUCCUUCGAGGCAACCACGACCUCUUUAUGCAUGUGUCGCCUGAUGUUCUCCAAGCUGCGGCGGCAGAGCAUUGGAAGCUCCACGGGCCCACGACGGUCGUCAACUUUCCUGCCAUACGAGACGUUUUCUUGCCGUUCGUGUCGCGUUGCUGGCUGAUGCCGCCGUUCUCGGACGGACAGGCAAGACUGACACCAUCAAGUCUGCCAAAACCUCUACAGCAGCGCGACGUAGUGGUAUUCGUGCACGGGUUCCGAUACGGUACCCUUCGUGUUGUGAAAACGUGCCGAGCACUUCAGUGUACCCUUCGCAAGCACUCGGUGCUGGCAUUUCUCUGGCCUUCGCACAAGGGAAAACACUCCUACAGCAAAGCCCGCGCAAAAGCAACAGAAGCAGCUCAUCUGCUUGGGUCGCUGCUACGGCUGCUCUGUGAGCACUGCUCUUCAGUGGUCAUUUUGGCUCAUAGCCUUGGCUGCCGAGUGGCACUAACCGCACUUCGAGACAGCCUGGGCAGGGCGGCCAAUGUCCAGUAUGUGGCCCUGCUGGGUGCUGCAGUGGCUCGGGAUUCUUUGCAGCCAGGUCAGGAGUUCGACCGGCAAAAGCUCUCAGUCCAGCAGUUGGACGUUCUGUUUUCUCAGCAGGACGGCAUCCUGCGGAAGUAUUUCCGGCUGGGUGAGACGGCUCACGCCUGGUUCUCUGUGGAGCCGGCAAUGUCGGCAAUGGCCAAUGAUGCACUCGGCCUCGCAGGGCCUACUGGGCCACUUCCAGACACUGCAGUGUUGGACCUGUCCUCUGAAGUCACAUCACAUAGCGCCGAGAAGUACUUGCUCGCCCCUUCCACUCUAUUGCGAUUGAGUGAGCAGAUGAGCUCAGACGCAUGCGCUUCCAUGGCUUCGGAAGGCGCCCCUGGUAGUCCAGCAACUGCUGGUCUCGAUGGACGAGAUGACACGGAGUCGGAAAGCAGUGACGAGUCAGGUGUGAGCUCUGAUGGAUCCUGA